GGGAGCCAGGACGACACUUUACUGCACGUACGUUUAUCGCUGUGGGUCUUGGCGGAUCAAUUGCUGACCCCUCCGGUGUAGUACGAUAUACUGGUCAAUCAUCGGCGGCUUCUUUCUCUUACGCACCAUAUACCAUCAACUUCAUUCACUCAUGCUAUACUGCCGUCUUCUGCGAUCACGACGAACACCCAAACCACGGAUCGUAAGCCAACCUUGGCGAAUCACAGCUUUUUUCAGAAAACACAUCAUCAUCCCAGCACUCUUCGGCAAUGCGCAUAUCAGACCGGUCACAAUCUUCGCCAUCAGCUUCGGUACCCUCCCAACUCGACUCGAAUCCAUCUUCAUCUUCGCCUACGUCGCGAUGAACGUGAUCCUCUGCUGCGUGGGUAUCACCACAGUCCCCGACAAUGUCGUCCUCAAAGGCACCGUCGGCCAAGUCGCAAAAUACGUCGGUGCCCGAACCGGAGUCUUCGCAUUCGCCAAUCUCCCCCUUCUCUUCGGACUUGCGGGAAGGAACAACGUCCUGAUCUGGUUGACGGGAUGGGAGUAUAACACAUUUAACAUGCUGCAUCGGUGGGUUGGGAGAGUUGUUGCUUUGCAAACCUUUGCGCAUGUGGUUGCGUAUGGGGUAUUUACAACUUCGGAUGCGGAUAUAUAUUCGGUGUCGCUGUUUCGGAAUCCGUGGGCGAUGGGGGCGACGAUCGGGUUGGUUGUGAUGAUGUUGGGAUCAAUCAGCCAUGUCAGGAAGAUGGCUUAUGAGGUAUUCCUGGUCAUCCAUUUGAUUAUGGUAGCGCUGUUUAUGGUGGGAAGCUACGUACACGUCCUGAAAGCGAAUACGGCACAACUGGGCUACAUCCAAGCAGGUCUCGGGAUCUGGGGAUUCGACCGUAUCGUCAGGCUGCUACGCAUGUUCGUCACCAACAUCCCCUGGACCUGGCUCUUUGCAAUCUUUCCCAGCUCACGCAAGAUGAAGCGAUGCAGCGAAGUCUACCUGGAGGUCGUUCCGAGUGAUGCAGUGCGGUGCACCGUUCGUGUCCCUACCGGGUGGAACUUCAUGCCGGGGCAGUACGUGUUCAUGAGUAUCCCGCAACUUGGGUGGAGUGAGUCGCAUCCGUUCACGGUGAUGGAAUAUGUGGAGGAGGAGGAGGAGGAGCAGGUUGAGCGUGUGAGGCAAGAUUCGGCGUCGAGUAUUGCGUCGGAUGCGACGUUGGUUGGGGAUUGUGAUUCUGCGCAGAUGUAUGAUGUUGAUUUGAAGAAUAGGGAUGUUGAGAAGGCGAUAGAGGUGUCAUCCGUUACAGAACUCGAUAGGCCAGGUGUGGGAUCGACGUUUACGCUGCUCAUUAGGCCUCAGACUGGGUUCACCAAGCGCUUGUUCGAUCACGUUACGCGAAGCCCUAGCACUCGACACUGUCCCCUGAAGGCCGUCGUCGAAGGCCCAUAUGGUGUCACCCACCCUUACUGGUCCUACGAAAGCGUCCUCCUAAUCGCCGGAGGAGUCGGGAUCACCUACGUCAUUCCCUAUAUCACCGAACUCAUGCACCGCCGAACCCACGGCGAAACCCUCCUCACCCGCCAAAUCCACCUCAUCUGGGCCAUCCGCUCCGAAUCCCAACUCACCUGGAUCGAACCCUACCUCCACAAAUGGCGGGGACCCCUCAGCGAAGGCUCGAUGCGAAUCGAUAUUUAUAUCACGAGUGAAAAUCAUCCUGGGGCGACGUGGGAAAAGGGUGCGAUGGUCAGGUGGGGGAGGCCGGUGAUGCGAGAUGUUGUGGAGGGGGCGGUCAGGGAGAGGGUUGGGGGGUUGGUUGUGGGUGUUUGUGGGAGUGCAGGGAUGAGUGAUGAUACGAGGAAGGCCGUUGCGGAGGUUGGGAAUGGGGAGGUGGAGUAUGUCGAGGCUGCGUUUACGUGGUAGACACAACAGUGACAGACCGAGAAAGCUAUUGUGUACAUCUUCAGUGGUAUUGUGGGUGGGCGUGACUACCGUGGGAAUUCUGCAAGUUUUAACUCGCACAGCACCGCAUACAUCCAGCACCCGGAGUCUUUUGAGCGUAACGUCCUUCCUUCGCCGGUUCUAAA